GAUGACUCGCUUACGACGUCGUCGACCAACAGUGCUUCUGAGCUGUCUCGGUCUGUGACGUCUACAACAGCUGCAUCGGUCGAUACUGCUUGUACAUUACCUGAAAGCGGAGCGACGGCUUUAUCUUCGACACGUAUAGCGCCCGACUGUUACGGUGAGACAUUUAAGAGCUGGAAAGGCUUAAGUGCUGAAGCAAAGAAUCAGUGCAUCGGUACUGAGUGUUGUCGCUAUGACUAUGUCGGCAUGAAAGCAUGGCCUGCAGCAGGCAUCCUGGACAGCGCAUGGAAUACUAUCAUCUUCAAGACAGUACUCGACAUACUCAACGAUGAAGAGAACCAAAGAAAUUCACUGGCUCUCGGCGCAGAAGGCAGCCCAUACUACUGUCCCCCAUGCUGUUUAUGCUCAGCAAAUUUGGUGCCAGAGCCGACGCCAUACCCUCUGUGGUAUUGUUAGUUCCGAAAAAACGUAAAAGCGCGGCUAAGAAAGCUACGGGGUUCUUGAGGCAACACAAAAGCCUCCGAGGGUACGGCUUCCAGUAUACAUGGCAGAUCGAAGUCAUCGAAAUAUCGGCCAACGAUGACGCAUCGCCACCGCAAAGUGAAUCCAGCCACCCAGGAGGUAGCAGUCUAUGUGGCACAACAGUUCUUGUUUGCCCUUCCAGCAAGAUCAAUCUGUCCUCGAGUCGGCUCACGACCUUGGGUGGCGUGCUAAAUAUGGGUCCCAAUGCUCAUUAUGCAAUGACUUGCGCACAUGUCUUCCAUGACUUCGGAAACGAUCAGGAUGAUUCUGAUGAAGACACAUCAAGCAGUGACGGUGAAAUUGACGAUGCCGAAGGGUCUGUUGCAUCAUCCGAAAAGCUCUCACAUCAGUCCGGAGACGAAGCACCCACGAUGCAUUCGGUUUUCAGUCCUGCACAGGAUGUGCCCCUGGGUGCCAAUGGCCUUGCAGAGUGGUGGGUAAACGACCCAAUCAGUACAGGAAGACACAUAGCCAACGCCUUCGCCAGACAGCCGGGUUCGGUCUUUCCACAGAAUUUGCUCUAUAAUACAAAGCUCGAUUGGGCGCUGCUGGAGAUAACUGACCCUCGCCUAUGGACUGAUAACCGCUUCCAAACAGCGGGAUGACAAAUCCAGCCACGCCUGGAAAUCAGUACGAGACCACCCCCUAGCGGCGAGUUGAUCAUACUGUCGAGGUUAUUGGGACAGUUAAAAGUGCGGAGCCUGGGAACAAAGUCAGCCAUGAAUCUUCCAUGGGCACAGGGUUUUGUCGAAGUUUGGGCCGUCGAGUGCACCUCCGGUA